AUGGAUAUUCACACUCCAAUGAUUACUCAAGGCUGGAACCAACUAAGAUCUUUCUAUGGAGAUCAGUCAGACAAGUUGGUUGUGUUCAAAUACGUGGGAAAUUCAUCUUUCGUAAUCCACGUCUCUAAACGUUCUGCAAACACAGGAAUCAAGACCAAGUUCCUCAACAAUGUUGCCAUACGUCGUCCUCUCUCUAUGUCAAACUUAAUCCAUUUUACUGUUGAACUAUCCACAUACUACUGUCAAGCAAGCCACCUGUAUUUGAAGAAAGAAUUUGCUACUUAUUUCCAAAAGAGUGGACUUUCUUCUGUUGUUUUACAUGGACCCAGGGGCAAGGUCGAGUAUUUUCAGAAGUGCUUCUCCAUUACACGGAAGAUGACGACGAAACAGUGCAUAUUGGGUGAUCAAUCCAUACUUGCAACUAAGUGGAAGGGUGGAUUCUUCACUAUGUUCAUCGAAGAACAGGAUUUUGGUGACGUGAACCGAUUGUUUGUCAUUACAUUAGGCCGUGAACUGGGUCCAGUUUGGACAAUUUCUGAUAACAAUGGUAAUAUGCACCAUGUUACCUUCAACAUGGAUAUUUAUAAUCCAAGGAUUACUCAUGGGUGGUGUGAUAUAAGAAAAUUCUAUGAUAUAAACAGAGAUUUGAAUUCAGACUUAUGUAAGUAUUUUCGCAAUAGUAAAUUCUCAGAAAUUGUGCUUUAUGGUCCAAAAGCACAGGUUCAAUGCAAGUUGUUAAUUAGAGUAAGAUCAGUGAAGAUUGGCAGUGGAUGGAAAAAGUUUUGUGAACUACAUGGACUACAGGAAAGAGAUAUAAUACUUCUUGAGGUUGACGGUGAAGAACCAAGCAGCCAUCCAUACUUUUUUCCAGAUCUUCAUUGUUUCCAUAUUAGUGAUUCAAUUAAUGGUUCACUGCUCAAUACAUCACGCGAAGAGGGUUCUAAAAUACAUGCUUCCAUCAGACGUACUCUAAUUUACAAAUUCCAGACUGAAAUUUCUGAAGGUCAUGUUUAUGCCAUACAAAAUUUCAGUGUUGCUCCAAAUUCUGGAAUAUACAGAACUACGCACCACCCUUAUAAGAUUAAUUUCCAGUUUGGUACCAAAGUUAGUUUGCUUGAUGGUAACUUGGUUCCUGAUGUCAAACCACAAUACACACCUUUGUCAUUAUUGACAACCACUGGAUUCGAUACUGAUUAUUUAGUUGAUGUAUUGGGAUUACUGGUCGGAGUGGGUACUGAAAGAGAAUUGCAAGUUGAUGGAAAGACAACAAAAUUAAAUGUCAUUGCAAUAGAAGCUGAUGGGUUUCGAAUAGAAUGUACUUUGUUUGGUAUUUAUGUCGAUGAACUGAAUGUAUUUCUUUCAAGUGGAGAAGUACAAAAUUGUGCUAUAAGUAUAGAAUUUGCGAAAGUCAAAACUUUUCAAGAUAAGGUUCAACUUCAAAAUUGCAAGUUCUGCACUAGGAUUAAGUACAAUGUUAACUUCAAGGAGGCAUCUGAACUUAAAUCAAGGAUGAUUGAGAACAAUGAAUCUCCCUCUCAAGGAUUAACGCAGUUGUCUCAGACUUCCAAACAUACUGUGGAAGAAGACUUUUUAACUCUUACACCUAGGACGACUAUUCAAGGUCUUAAAGAUUGUAAAGAGGUUGCAACUUUCAUAUUGUUUGGAACCAUUAACCAUAUCUUGGAUGAGGAUGACUGGUGGUAUACGGCUUGUGUUUGCAACAAAGCUGUUUAUCCAGAUUCAAAGAUGUUCUUUUGCGAGAAGUGUAACAAGCAUGUUAUAAAAGUCUUUCCAAGAUAUAGGAUUAAGGUUCGAGUUAUUGACUCAUCCGAUUCCACCACAUUUGUUCUGUUUGAUAGGGAUGCAACCACCCUUUUCAAAAAAACCUGUGCUGAUAUGUUAGAGUCUCAUGAUAAGAUGAAUGGUUGUGGGAAUUUUCCUAAGGAGUUUGAAGAAUUAGUUAAUAAAAGUCUGCUGUUUAAAGUUGAAAGUAGGAACGAUCAAACUUUCAAACUUGAACAAUCUUUCAGAGUGAAGAAAAACAGCGUGUAG